GUCAAGCAUACACAUGUAUACUGUGUAUCAGUAUCACUGCAUAGACACUUGUGUUUAUACAAUGUAUGUUUCUUGUCAAAUUCGAGUUAGCACACACAUACACAUCAUGUGUGUAUGUAUAAAUUUAUAUACGUGUGUGUGUGCACAUGCAUGCAUCUUUUAGCAAUUGACAGGUACAGGAGAGUGGCGGAAAAGCUGUACAACUUCAAGUACCGCAGCGACGACAUCGUGGUGACCACUUACCCCAAGAGUGGAACGCUAUGGGCCAUGCAGCUCGUGUGGGCCAUGACGCACCUGGGCCAGUUCCAACUCCCGCAGAAGGAACACACCAACGAACGCGUGUUCAUCCUUGACAAUGUAAUACAAUUCAAACGGCAAGUUGUCCCCAGCAUAUCGCAAUGUAUUCGGAAAGGUCUAUCCUCUCGACUUUCACUCUCAAAAGCUACAUUGUUGGGAGGAUUACCACUAAAGCCCUGCAGCAGAAGCAUCAAAUACAGGCCUACUCUUUGUGGACCGGCUAUUCUUAAGAACAGGUCUAUGCGGAAUAUGAUAUGUAGGGUAUGAGCUUUCCAACUCUGGCUUCAAACAUGAACCAAACGAAAUCCAACGAAAUGCUGAGUCACGUGCAACGAAAUCUCCAGAUGUUGCCGAGUUUCCUGAACACACAAAUUCUCCAUAAUAAACACCAUUAACAUUUAUAUAAAAAAGUCAUUUCUAUAUUCAUUAGCCAUCUGUGAAUGAGAAAAUGGUUACAUCACGUCACCAGGUACCCGUUGACAUCUCAAUGGUGGAUAAAUAGAAACCACCUUAACCACGUCAGCCAAAUCUGAAUUGUAAAAAAAAAUACUGAUUUUCUUUAGAUUUCUUAUUCCCAAACGCUAAAAAAGGAGUGUCAUUUUACUUACGACUUUAACUUUCUGACUCAAAAGCGCCGCCAAGAUACUACACGUUACUACAGCAUCAGCAGGUCUUCCACUACUGUGCUGUGUGGUGCAGCGGUUCUGAUCUCGUCUAGUAAUCUUGCUGACUCGCGUUCAAAUCCCUCGCCACCAGUGGAUGGGAACCCCGGCCAUUCUUUGCACACAUGGAGUAAUUUAGAAGCAAGGUAAAAAUGACAUCAUGCCACACCAAGAAUAUCCAUUACAACAAAUGGAAUAAAUCUAAAGUACUAUUAUCAAUAAUUAUUAAUAAUUACUCAUAUAGACUUCACCAGUCUUGAACACAGUAGCCUUCUUAACUUUUUGAUUAUGAGAAAUACCUGCAUAGUUAACAUUACUUCUUUCCUCCGACUCCUGAACGCUCAUGUCAUUACUGGACUUCACUUUACAGAUACAACUCCUGAGAGAAAAUGCCCUGGUAGGGUAGCUUCCUUUUUUAGAAUUUAGAAGGGACAUGCUGAUAACCCUUUGUAUGUCGUUUUUCAGGACUUUUUAAAUAUGCUGAAUGUCGAGAAAGCCAAGCAGAAGUUGGCUGAGGUGUGCCCAGGUACCAUACCCGACGAGGGCCUCACUCUCCAGCUGGCAGAGGCUGCUACGACGCCCAGGAUCAUCUGGACGCACCUGCCUCUCAAGCUGCUCCACCCGGAUCUCCUUAACACCUGCAAAGUUGUGUAUGUAGCUCGAAACCCAAAGGAUGUUUGUGCUUCCUAUUAUCACUUUGUCAAAAAUUUGGAAAGCUGUUUUUUCUCUGGUACUUUUGAAAACCUGUUGGAUGGCUUCAUGGCUGGCAAUCUCUUCUACGGCCCUUACUGGGACCAUAUCCGGCAGGCAGCAGAAGCACCACCCAAAUUUCCCCGCGAUGUUUUAUGA